UGCUGCCAUCCCAUAGGAGGGGGCAGCUGGGGCUGCUGAAUGUGCAGGUCCCGGGUGGCUAUUCCUGGCAGUCCCGCCUGUGCAGGCAGAUUGGUUUGCAGGGAGGUGACAAGUGCCAGCGAAAGCCUAUAAAAGUCACCCGGCCCUGCUUUGGCUCAGUGGCCUGGUUCACCCCUCCCAGCACACAGCCGUCCUGGAGCAGAGACCAUCGGUCCAGAGUGGAGAGACCUGGUCCUGAGCCAGGAUCCCAGCCUCGGAGUCCAGACCACAGAUCCAGAGGACAGAUCUUUUGUCUGGAGCAAGAACCCCAAAACAGAGCAGAGACCCCAGAGCAGAGACCCCAGAACAUCCCUUUGUCCAGCCCCUAGUCUUUGCAGCGAUGACUGGCAAAACUGCACCUCCAGCCAAAAAAACGACUCCAGCAGCAGCCAAGAAAAAGGCAGUGUCACCCCCAAAGGAAGAAGCAGCCCCGAAGAAAGAAGCAGCCCCGAAGGAAGAAGCAGCCCCAAAGGAAGAAGCAGCCCCGAAGGAAGAAGCAGCCCCAAAGGAAGAAGCAGCCCCAAAGGAAGAAGCAGCCCCAGCCCCAGUUACUGAAGAACCCCCAGCCCCUCAGAAUUCUCUGGAGCAGCCCCCAGCCCCCACAGACGAAUCUGCUCCCAUCCCCACGGAAGCUGGAGAAGGAGUGACUCCAGUGCCUGCAGAAGGUUCCCCAGCUGUCCCAGCUGAACCCCCAGCCCCUGAAUCUAAACCGGAGAAACCAAAGGAAAAGCCACCCAGCUGCCCCUUGUCCUUGGCUGUGGAAGAAGUGAGUGAAAACUCAAUCACACUGACCUGGAAAGCCCCGGAGCAGAUGGGCCAGGCAGGCCUGGAUGGAUAUGUGGUGGAGAUCUGCAAAGAUGGAAGUUCAGACUGGAAAGCUGUGAACCAGGAGCCUUUUCUUUCCACCCGCUACACAGUCCCAAAUCUCAGCUCUGGGGACAAGAUCCAUGUGCGGGUGAUAGCUGUCAGUGCCAGCGGAGCCAGCAUCCCGGCCACCCUGGAGCAGCCAGUGCUCAUCAGGGAGAUCCUCCAGCUCCCGAAGAUCCGCAUGCCUCGGCACCUGCGGGAGACUUACAUCAGGCGUGUGGGGGAUGCUGUGAACAUCAUGAUCCCCUUUCAGGGAAAGCCACAGCCUGAGGUGAGCUGGACCAAGGGAGGACAGCCCCUGGACACCAACCGCAUCAACAUCCGCAACACGGCUCGGGACACAAUCUUCUACAUCCGCCAGGCCCAGCGCAGCGACUCGGGCAAGUAUGAGCUCACCGUGCAUAUCAACGGAGCCGAGGACAAGGCUACCCUGGACAUCCAGGUAGUUGAGCCACCUGGCCCUCCCCAGAACCUGAAGCUGGUGGAUGUGUGGGGCUUUAACGUGGCCCUGGAGUGGACCCCGCCUGUGGACAAUGGAAACUCUGAGAUCAAGGGCUACAGGGUGCAGAAGUCAGACAAGAAGAGUGGGAAAUGGUUCACAGUGCUGGAGCGCUGCACCCGCACCAGCUGCACCAUCUCUGACCUCAUCAUUGGUAACACCUACUCCUUCCGAGUGUUCUCUGAAAACAUCUGCGGGCUCAGUGACAGCGCUGCUGUAGCCUCUGGGGUGGCCUCCAUUGAGAAGACAAAAACCACUUACCAGCCAGAGAAGAUCCCCCAGCGGGACAUGAUGGAACCUCCAAAGUUCACACAGCCCCUGACAGACCGAACAACCACACGAGGCUACAGCACUCACCUCUUCUGCUCUGUCCGGGGCUUCCCCCAGCCCAAAAUCAUCUGGUUGAAAAACCAGAUGGAGAUUCGGGAAGAUCCCAAAUACAUAGCACUGAUUGAUCAGGGUGUGUGCUCCCUGGAAAUCCGCAAGCCUGGCCCUUUUGAUGGGGGUGUUUACACCUGCAAGGCUGUGAACCCUCUGGGGGAAGCCUCAGUAGACUGCAGACUGGAUGUGAAAGGUGAGAUUGGUUGAGGGGAAGGAGGAGCAGGAGCCCUUACCUGCCUUUCCCAGGUCUCUCUUUCCCAGCACUGUGUUUUUUCCCUGUUUUGUGUUGAUCCUGAUUGUGAGGGAGUCUGAGGACACUUGGCAGCCCUGUGGAACUGCACUUUUGGGCUUCUUGGGUUUAUGGUCUUGAAGCAUCUU